CUAGUGGUAUCAUUGACUCACUGUAUAACUUAUUCCGAUUCAAAACCAAAUGAUUUUUCAACUACUCUGUAUAUACUUAAUAGUAGUUGGUGUUACCUUCGCGUGCAAACCAAUUGGAUUAUAUAAAUGUAUUUGAUUGUAAAGAAAAGACGUGCAACCGUGGAGAAGUGAAAAGCAUUUCUUUCAAAUGGUUGGUAAACGCUGGUUGAAAGAAUAGCGAUUUAAAAUAGAAUAAAUGGAAAAACUAUAGUUUCUUAUAUAUAUAUACGGUAAACAAGAUGGCUUUACUCAUAAAUCAUAAACCACAUUUAAUUGGCUAACAAACGAUAUUAAUAGUUGAAUUUUAAUUUACAAUUUUAAGAUGCUAAAGUAGUCAUAAAGUGAUAAGUGUGUCGAGAGUUGAUGUCUAGUUUAUUAAUGUAUUUUGUUUUAAAAGUAAAAGAUAAACUAAAAUGUAAAAAUGCAAGUGAUUAAAUUUUAUUGAGAAAAUUUUAAACUAACUGAAAGUAAUAGACAAAGUAAAUAUUAUUUUUAAUAUGUGUGAACAAUCUUAAAUAUCAAAUAUUUGUAUAUACAAAAUCAAUACAAUACUAAAAGGAGAAUAAGGGCUCCUCUCAUGCUUCCACGUCACCUUUUUUAUUCCACGUCUGAUGGGCUGAUGGGCUAGCUUAUUUUUUUUUCGUUAUGCUUGGCCCGUAAGCCCGUAGCUUUAGAGAAACGAGAGAGACGCAUCGAUCCAUCCAUAACCCUACCUUCUUCUCUCUCGCGCAAGACUGUGAUCUCCCUCCGAGCCCUUUCAUCUUCUUCCGUUUCCUUCUCAAUCAAUGAUGAUUGAAGUUAUGUUGCUCGGUUUUAUUGGUUUGGUUAUAAAAGAAAUUUGGUUAUCUAACCAAUCUCUGCGUCUUUUGUCUUUUAAUUAGUUAGGGUUUUGUUGGUUUUCGUUCUUUGCCUCUUCUUCUACAUCGUUGUCUCUCUCAACUUUGUCUGCAAACACAAUUUUUUUCUUUCAACUCCUCACCUUCAUUAAAGCUCAACGAGGUUCAACACAUCCUUCUAAAUUCCCUUGAUUAUUGUGAUUGUCAUUCGACACGGAGGAACCGACCUCCUCCGCCUUCACUUCAUCUCCAUGUUCAAGGUAAGGACAACCACAUCACCGUGCUCUACUUCGACACGGAUGUACCGAUCCCCUCCGGCUCAUGAUGAAUCCCGUGCUCAACCAUCUUUUCUAUGGAUUUCUUCAAAUCCAAGUACAUAUCUUCUGGUUCUUUGGUAUAUAUUUUAAUUUUCUUCGAGUCUUUGUGAUGAUUUAAUUGAUUUUCCAUGAAAUCAUUUGUGGUUAAAGAGGAGGAUGAGACGCUUCGUGGAGGUGGCUAAGGGUCGUUGGCAUUUUUACCUUUGUUAACGGUGGUGGAAGCUCCAGAAGAUAAUGUUAUAGGGGUUUGUUGAUAUGAUGAGAAGUAGCUCUUUAUCUAGAGCCUUCAAUCUGUUUUUUUUCCAAUCAGUAGGAAGAAAGGAGGCUGCAAAGCUUUAGAAAAGUACUUUCAAAUAAUUGUAAUGACGGAGGCAAUGUACAGGAGUCUAACUUUAUUUGCAUAGAGUAAAUUUUAUUAAAAUUGAUCUGAUUGGAGAAUGGAUUUGGUCGUGAUGGUGAGAAUGUUUGGAUUUGAAUUUGAAUUUGCAUUCAGCUUCCUGAGUGUAUAAUUGAACAUUAGGAGUUUUUUUCGUAUUGGUUUUAUUGAUAGUAUGAUCUUGCUGAUGAUUAUGGUUUGUUGUUCUCUCCAUAGACAGCUGUUAGUGCUUUAUAUUCUCAGCUCAAAGAGCUCCAGAAGAAGGAUGCAGACAUGAAGGAGCGUGACAAAAUGUUGUACUCAAAGGUAUUUCCUUUUCUUUGCAGGAAAACAGAUCAUGUAUCUUUUAGAUCCCCUUUUUGGUUUUAUAGCUAUCCCCCUUCCAAAUAUAUGAAGCAGUUUAUAUCACAAAUGCAGGGGGACACUGAUUCUACGAGUAAGUUAAUUGGUUAUUGUAUGUGUGUUCAUGCAUUCAUAUACUUAAGCUAUCUGAACACUGUAUAUUUAUAUAGGUUGGUCGCUAGAGACACUGAUCUUCCAUUGGCAGCAACACUGCUGAAAGCAUAUGCAAAGGUUGAGCCUCUGACAAUAGCUGAGCUCAAUUAUUUAUUAUCACUGCUCCAUCCCAGGACAUUGACAUCAUAUGUACCGGGAGAGUUGCUCGCGUUGACAUGGACAAAGGGUGGUGUUAUGCUGCAUGCUCCAAAUGCAGUAAAACUGCAGCACACUGUCUCCGCUAUUGCGUUUGUGCAAUGCGACAAUGCUCAUGCUGUCGGGACUUUCCGCUAUCGCGUGGAGACGGCCAUUGCUGAUGGUACUGCUGAAGGUACAUUCUUUCGUUUUGAUGGUGUAGUGACGAAAUUACAUAGCCUCAGAGCAAGUGAAGCUGGUCAAAUGCUGGCUGAAGGAGUAAACCCUGAGGACUUUAAGAUGCCUCCAUUUACUACCCAUAUAGAAGCAAAGACAUACACUUUCCAAUUCAGUGUUAGUACAUCUAACUUCACAGCAAUCAGACAUUCACCAUCACGCUCAUUCUCGAUGAACGUGACCGUGUGCCAGUCCCUGACGUUGUCGACAACAUAGGUAAUGAUGAUGGGGACGACAUGCCAGAUGGCAAUCCAAUUCCUGUUAAGGUGGAAACUGGAGGGAGCAGUGGUGAGGCAGCGUUCAAUGCUGAUACAGAUCCAGUUGGUGUGUGCAGAAGAAGACGGCCAACUCAUCUUCUGAGGUGGUUAAGAAGACGUGUGUGGCUUGAGAUAGACUAGAAAGAACUAUAAACACACUACUCAAAAUUUAAAUAAUGCUUAUGCAUCUUCAUUUCCUUUCGCGUAUUGGUUAACUAUGUUUUUGUCUUUCUCCAAUUUUUGGGUACUAUAUUUGUCAUACAAUCUUCCUAAUAUGAGUUAUCUACCUAUUAACUUUCCACUACAAAUUUAUUUUUACUUAUACAUUUGUUUUAAACCUUUUGAUUCAAAAUGUGAGAAAAUAAUAUUUUUUUGUUAAAAUUUCCCAGAUUAGAUUUAUUAGCUAACAUGUUAUUUUUUUAAAAAAAUUAUAUGUUUAUCAGUGUUUUAAAAACCGGACCGGCCGGUUGAACUGGUUGGACCGUGAUUCACUCUUCUAACCGGUUCCGAGUUUGGCUAAGAACCGGAUUUAAGUUGAACCGGCACCAAACUCGCUAAAACCGGUGAUCCGGUUCAAUACUAAAACCCAGUUUUCUCAAAUUUAAGUUUAUAAUAAAAAAAAAAUUGUAAUUUCUUAAGAAAAAAAUCAUAAAACUUCAUAUUAUAUUUUAAUAUCUGUCUAAAUAAAUUAGUUUACAUUAUCUUUACAUUUUAUUUUCAUUUAUAAAAAUAAUUAUGUAUUAUGCUAUAUAUUUAGUUACUUAAUUUAAAAGUAAAUUAAAUUUUUAAAUCCCGGUUGAAUCGGUCCGACCAUUGACCCAGAUAUAAUGCCGAGUUAGUGUCCGGCUUGGUUUUAAAAAUAUUGUAUUUAUUUAAACCAUUAAAUUUUAAAAUUAUUAUUUAUUGGUGUUGGAGUAUAGUUAAUGAUUAUUUUAUUUUUAUCGCAUUAAUGCAUUGGUUUUAUUAUAAACCUUAAUCUUGAUUGGAGCCUGAAUAGUAUGAUAACAAGUAAAUAUUAAAAGUAUAAAGUUUAAUUAUUAGGGCUCAUGUUUUAUACAAUCGUUAAUUUACCUUAUAAUACAUGUUAUCAUCGUUAAAAGCUAUAAUGCCAUCUACUAAACUUAAUAGUUAAAACCCGUAUAAUAUGAGCCGCAAAGUUGAACAUGAUAUCAAACUAUGAGAUUUAUGCAUAUCCUGUUGUUGUAAUGUCUGACUGUAUUUCCUUACGUAUUAUCAACCAUACGUUAAGACUGAUGAAAACCAGCUCAUCGAACUGCCUGAUGCAAACAAAUCAGACUAUACAGUUAUUGUUUCAGAUUAUAUAUUUUAAAAUAUUUUUAGUUAUAAUGAAUAAGUUAUUCUUUUAUAUCGUAUAAAACAUUAAUUUUAAGGAAAAUUGUAUAACAAAAAAGAAAAAAUAAAUUAUUUUAUGAAAAAAUAUAUAAAUGAGACCGAAAUAACUUUAUUUUACUUAUUAUUUAUAACACCACUGAAUUUAAAAAAAAACCGUAAACUAAAUAUUUAUAAUUCAAAAUUAUUAUAAUGACUCGACAUCAUAUAAUUUCUAAAAUAAAUAUUAAAAUAAUUAGUUAGAAUAAUUGUGAAAUAUUUAUGAAAAUAAAUGUGAUUUUUAAUUAAAAUUAAUUAAACAUUUUAAAGUACAGUUACUAUUAUAAGUUUAUUUAUUCAUAAAAAUCAUGUGUUUUCUUCAUUUUAUCAUAAAAAUACCUACCAAAUUAUAAUGCAAACUUCACUUCUAACCUAAGAUACUUCAUAUAAGUUUAUAGGUGUUCAGUCUAUGGCUAAUAUUUUCACAUGCAAAAAGGGGUUAAGCCGAGUGCUGAAUAUACAUGCCCAUACACUUAAGACCCAUAGAUUAGAGCAACUUAUAAUUAACCAACAUAUUAAGGAUUACUAAUUAUAUAAAAAAUACUAUAAAAACCCCACAUACACCUCAAACAUAACUCUUACAACUUCUAAUAUUAUAGACCAUAAACCUCAAAAUAUACUGCUCUUGCAAAAACGAACAUAAAAUACACAAUGGAAAUAUACGAAUGCCAAUCCCAAUCAUUUUCUCGCAAAUGCACUUAAACAUGUGAAUUUGAAUCUUAGUUGAUGUCUCAAGCAUAUAUAAUCAUGUAGUCAUGACAGUCAAAAAUUAUAGUAUGGGUGAAUUAUAUUUCCUUAUUAAUACACAUAUAGUUUGUCACCCAUAAAGUCUGGGUGAUGCGAUCAUCCAAAUAGUCACAAUUAUCAUAUUUCAAAACC